UAUGAUUGAAAGUUAGAAUUAGUUUUUUUUAAUAAUUAAUUAUUUUCAAUUGUGUAUAAUAAUAUUCAAAUAUAAAAUGGAGGGAGUAGCUAUUUUUUAUUUCAGUAACUUCUAGACAGUUAUUUUGGCCGAAAAAUUCUAACACUGUUGUAUGUAUCUAUAAAUAAACUACUUCAGAUUGUUGCAGUUACGAAGUCGUUACAUUCAUUUAUUUUUCGUUUUUGCUCCGAUUUACUCCAAUUUCUAAUUUCAUCCCAAUGGAAAGAGACGGUUAUAGAAACACCACCGCUGGCCGUAACAGUAACCGUGGCGGUGGCGGUCAUGGUCGUGGCAGAGGAAGAGAGUUUCAUCAGCAAUCAAGUGCCGGUGGUGGUGGCAGAGGAAGAGGAAGGGAGUUUUACCAUCAUCAAGAAACCGGUGCCGGUAAUGGCGGUGGCAGAGGAAGAGGAAGGGAGUUUUACCAGCAUCAAGAAACCGGUGCCGGUAAUGGCGGUGGCAGAAGAAGAGGAAGGGAUUUUUACCAGCAUCAAGAAACCGGUACCGGUAAUGGCGGUGGCAGAGGAAGAGCAAGAGAUUUUUACCAGCAUCAAGAAACCGGUGCCGGUAAUGGCGGUGGCAGAGGAAGAGGAAGGGAGUUUUACCAGCAUCAAGAAACCGGUGCCGGUAAUGGCGGUGGCAGAGGAAGAGGAAGGGAUUUUUACCAGCAUCAAGAAACCGGUACCGGUAAUGGCGGUGGCAGAGGAAGAGCAAGAGAUUUUUACCAGCAUCAAGAAACCGGUGCCGGUAAUGGUGGUGGCAGAGGAAGAGCAAGAGAUUUUUAUCAGCGUCAAGAAACCAGCGCCGGUAAUGGUGGUGGCAGAGGAAGGGGAAGAGAGUUUCAUCAGCAUCAAGAAACCAGUUCCGGUGGUGGUGGCAGAGGAAGGCAGUUUCAUCAGCAACAAGAAACUAGUGCCGGUGGUCGCGGUAGUGGAAGAGAGUUUCAUCAGCCAGAAGAAACCGGUGCUGAUGGUGGUGGAGCCGGAGGGUUACAACCUCAACCACAAAACUGUUGGUCGCGAAGGCCUAAUAUCACUAAGCACACCAAUCUUCAACCUCAAGUCCAAACUCAUCCACUUCCAGAUAUUGGAUCUCUGAAAGUAAAAGAGCAGCCAGAGGAAAGUCCAACAACUAGACCCAUACGCCGGCCUGACAAGGGCGGGACAGAGUAUAUUCGCAAAUGCAAACUUCAUGUGAAUCAUUUUCCGGUUACCUACGAACCAGAAAAAACUAUCAUGCACUACGAUGUCGAUGUGAAACCUACUUUGCCGCCCAGAAAUAAUUUUUCUCCUCCAAAGAAGAUUUCCAAGUUUGAGUUAUCUUUAAUCAGAAACAAAUUGCUUACUGAGAGACCGCUUUUGUUGAUGACUGCUUAUGAUGGAGGAUCGAACAUCUAUAGUGCUAGUGAAUUGCCUGAAGAAACUCUUACUGUCGAAGUCUCAAGAGGAGAAGGCGAAAGAACUGUUUCUUAUACAGUUACUAUAAAGCUGGUGAACAAACUCGAGCUUCGCAUGUUGAGAGAUUACAUUAGGGGCGGAGCGUAUUCCAUUCCAAGGGAUAUUUUACAGGGAAUGGACUUGGUGGUAAAAGAGAAUCCAACAAGACGCACAAUUGCUUUAGGACGACGUUUUUUCCCCACUAAUCCUACCCUGAAAGAGAUGGAUCUCACACGGGGAGUAAUUGCAAUUGGAGGGUUUCAUCAUAGUCUCAAGACCACAGCUCAAGGUUUAUCUUUGUGUCUUGACUAUUCAGUUUUGCCUUUUUCAAAGAAAAUGCCAGUCCUAGAUUUCCUCGUUGAGCGUAUCAAUAAUUUCAAUUUGAAUCAGUUUGAGAAAUUUAGGAAAGUUGUCGAGAAGGAACUCGUUGGAUUGAAAGUGAAUGUCAUUCACAGAUUCACCAAACAAAAGUACACCAUUACAGGGUUAACACGUGAAAAAACACGCGAUAUCACUUUCCUUUGUGUGGACCAAGAGGGCCAAAACCCCCCUAGCAGAAAAUAUCUUACUGACUACUUUAGAGAAAAACACUCCUUUCAUAUAAAAAACACAGAUAUUCCUGCAUUGGUUUUCGGGGGCAACAAGGCUAAUUAUAUGCCUAUGGAGCUCUGCGUCUUGGUUGAAGGUCAGAGAUAUCCCACAGACAGUCUGGAUCUCUUUGCUUCCACGAAGCUGAAAAACAUGUCCUUGGCUAGUCCAAAGGAUAGAAAAUCUUCAAUAGAAUUGAUGAUGACGUCCCCUGUUGGACCGCGCAGCGGUGAUAUUCUUCAGAAUUUUGGAAUGGAUGUCAUACCUUCCAUGACAAAUGUGACCGGACGUGUAAUUGCGCCUCCAAUAUUGAAGUUAGGUGAUCCAAAUGGAAAGAGUGGUACUGUGAAUCUGAGUCUGGAGAAAUGUCAUUGGAAUUUAGUCGGAAAGUCAAUGGUAGAUGGAAAACCUGUUGAGCAUUGGGGUAUCCUUGAUUUUACCAGCAAGGGAUCUAUCCACAAAUUUAAUCGUGGUCAGUUUGUAAAAGAUCUUAAGGAAAAGUACAAGAAGUUGGCUAUUGACAUGAAGGAUCCUAUUUUGUAUGAGGAAUCUGAAAUGAAGCAACUUGGGGAUUACAAUUCACUGUCUAAAUUACUUGAGCGAAUAAGUCAACAGCGGCUGCAGUUUCUUCUUUGUGUGAUGGACAAAAGGGUUGAAGGUUACAAGCGCCUCAAGUGGAUUGCUGAGACCAAGGUUGGCAUAGUGACACAAUGCUGCUUAUCUAAUAAAAGCAAUCCUAAUAAAGGGAAAGACCAGUAUUUAACAAAUCUUGCUCUAAAAAUCAAUGCGAAAAUUGGAGGCAGUAAUGUAGAGCUCCUUAAUAGGAUCCCACACUUUGAGAAUGACAGGCAUGUUAUGUUCAUAGGGGCUGAUGUCAAUCAUCCAGGUUCUCAGGAUAUAGAAAGUCCAUCAAUUGCGGCGGUGGUUGCCACAAUUAACUGGCCAGCUGCAAAUCGCUAUGCAGCACGAGUUUUUGCUCAAGAGCGUCGAAUGGAGAAAAUUUUGCAUUUUGGAAGGGUUUGCCUUGACCUUGUUACACAUUAUGCAAAGUUAAACAAAGCCAGGCCCGAAAAAAUUGUUAUCUUUCGAGAUGGGGUCAGUGAAAGCCAGUUUUACAUGGUUCUUACAGAGGAGUUGAAAGAUUUGAAGACUGCAUUUGAGAGUAUAAAUUACUCUCCAAGUAUCACUCUUAUUGUAGCUCAAAAGCGACAUCAAACUCGAUUGUUUCCUGUGAGUGCGAAUGGGGUUUGUACUGGCAACGUGUUCCCUGGAACCGUUGUAGACACAGAUGUGGUACAUCCUUUUGAAUUUGAUUUUUACCUUUGUAGUCACAAUGGAAGCCUAGGUACAAGCAAACCAACACACUACCAUGUGUUGUGGGAUGAGAACAAGUUUAGUUCUGAUGAUUUGCAGAAACUGAUAUAUAAUCUAUGCUUUACCUUUGCAAGGUGCACAAAACCUGUAUCUUUAGUCCCUCCAGUGUACUAUGCCGACCUUGCUGCAUAUAGAGGAAGACUAUACUAUGAAGCUAAGAAGUCAGCAAACAGAAAUGAUGAGCUGUUUUCCGAAUUGCAUCCUAAUACGGAAAACAUGAUGUUCUUUGUCUGAAAACCUUUUCUUUUUCUCUUUUUUUUGUGGUUCAAGUGAUUAAGUAGUUUGUGAGUAAAUCUUAUGGAUUGUGUCUAGUACUUUGUUUCUACUUUUUAGUCUUCAUGGUGUUAUCAGUCAGAUCUUUCUCAUAUAGAACCUAUUAGUUAAUUCUA